CAGUGUGUGCUGCAGCUUCCCCCAGCCCUGAAGAUGUCUUGCUACGACCUGUGCGCCCCCUCUGCCUGCGGCGUCGCCUGCCCCCAGCCUCUGGCCAACAGCUGCAACGAGCCCUGUGUGCGCCAGUGCCCCGACUCCACCACUGCCAUCCAGCCUCCUCCAGUCGUGGUCACCUUCCCCGGCCCCAUCCUCAGCUCCUUCCCUCAGGAUGCUGUGGUGGGAUCCUGUGGAGCUCCCGUCCUGGGGGGUUAUGGGGGCUACGGGGGCCUGUGGGGCUACGGAGGCUAUGGGGGCUACGGGGGCUACGGAGGCUACGGAGGCUAUGGGGGCUACCGGGGUUCCAGGGGCUAUGGGGGCCUGUGGGGCUAUGGUAGACCCUAUGGCUCUGGCUAUUGGGGCUACAACAGGUGCGGCUGGGGCAGCUGCGGGCCCUGCUAG